UCUUCGAAAGCGGGUGUUCCAUAACACACAAAAUCAUUUAAUUUUUUCCCAAAAUAUCGAAAUCUAUCUUACGAACCAAUUUUUGUGCAUAAGUUAUAAAAUUUCCAGAUCUUUGGUAGGUUAAAUCUGACUGAAAACCUUAACGUAAAAUUUUUUCAAACGUCAUACGUCAAUUCGAAGUACAAUAAAAAAAAAUAAUAAUCGGAUGCCUUGAAUAUUUAAUAGACACAAACGGGAAACGAAGAGGCAAUACAGUCUCUCAAAUGAACGCGUUAAUUUUCAUUUUCAUUUCGUACAUUUUUUUAAACCUAAACAACAUCGCUUUGGCAUUAUACAUAAUCAAUAAGGACCUCAAGGAUGACACAGCUUUGGGAGAGGAAAGAGAAUACAAGACCACAAGCCCUUUCGAUGGCGCUGAGGUGCUGCAGUUAUUUCCCGGCUUGAUGCCAGAGGAAGUACGUUAUGCAAAGCAUCGUUGCAGUCACGAGCUACCGAAGGCGAAUGUCAAUUGGGGCGCGCAAAUUUUCAGUAACGAAGCGGAGGUACGCGACACGCAGUGCUAUGUGAAAUGUUUUCUGCGUCGUGUGGGGCUCAUACGGCUGGAUACGUUGGGUUGGGAUUUUUAUCGUGUGGGCGCGAUGUUUUAUAAUAUAGUACAGCGGAAUCAAAGUUUUCCCGAAAAUUGCUUAGCAGCGUUGGUUAUGGCAGAUGAUGAAAUGAAUGGCGAAUGUGAGCCUUAUUAUAACACAUGGAUUAAGUUAUUUCAGAAUUGUCGUCUAGCUUUCAAUUACUUUUUUUACUACGACGUGGAGCUUGAGGAAUUGGCGUUUGAAAAACCCUUGCCUCUAUAUCGGGAACCUGGUAUUGAGCCAUUUCAAUUUUGCUCCGCUGUGCUACGGGCAGAAACCAUCGAUAUGGAAUCCCCCGAUUUCGCGUUUUGUAUUUAUCUGCAAUUACACUACUUCGAUAGUUAUGGACGAAUCGAUACAUCGGAAAUUAUACACAGCUUUGCAGGAUCGGAUCGUUUAACGGCAUUCAACGAGAAUGUUAUAAAAUCCUGCGCACAUCUUUCUAAUGCCCAUUACAUAAACGGUCAAAAUACUAAAGAAAUGGCUCAACAGAUGACGACUUGUCUAACGGAAAAUGCAUCAGAAGAUUACUCAUUCGUACUGCAAUAUUGGAAUCAAGUAAUGCGCGAUUAUUGAAUAUAAUCUUUAAAAAAUAACGCUCAAAAUGGUUUGUGCAUGGUUUAUCAGGUUUAUCAGCGAUAUUUAUGAGCAAACAACAAUUAAUUUAACACUGAAAGUUUUGGUUUUUGCUUAGAAGGUGCGCUAUUAUGUCGCCAACUUUGCGUUUGUUUGUUAUGGGAUAUAAUUUCGUAUAUAA